CGAUCGGCUGGGCGCAAUCGAGAAGGAGAAUUGUCUCGACUCGUCCGGGAUAGGUCCGGGAGUUCGGGUCGGGCGGUGACACGAGGUUAGGAUUCCGGGGGCCCCGGAGGUCUCGGCGUUGCGUGGGGAGGUGCGCGCCUCGCCGUGCGCCGCGGCUUCGCGUCGGCGUUUCUCGUUUCUGUCACUCGUCGUCGGGCGCUCGUCGGCAGCGAGGGGAGGCCACAGGGCCAGGUCUCGCAAAGAUGGCUACGAAUCUCCCAGCCGAGCACCAUUACUUCUACGAAGAUGUCGUCUAUCGCGUCGACAAGCGGGGCAACGUCGUCUUCGGCAUCGUCAUGGAGAACAACGAUCUCGACUCCUCGGACGAGGUCUCGGUGUCCGAGGAGAGUCCCAAGCGCAAGAAGGGCGAGAUCCGCGUGGUCUGGCACCCCUCCGGGGUCGAGGAGCUCGUCAACUCGAAGAAGGUGCGAUUAGCGGAUAGAACGUUGAUGCCAGGAGACGUAGUACGCCGAAUGAUCAAAGGGAAAGAUACGCAGAGAGGUUACUGCCGAGACAUCGAAUUGACCGCUUGCGUUCAGGUCAUUGGAACAAAGCAGGUCUUGACGGAUAUCAAGAGCGAGGACUUGGUUCCUCUUGAGGAGUUUGCAACCGACAUAGCGGUAUGUUUGAAUUCCUGGGUCGGUGGGAUCAACAUGGUUCACUUUAAAUUAUGGCUGGCUACUCCGGAUGGGUCACGAUGCGUGGUCAACGAAAAGGAUGCCCGUAUAUUGGAACAAUUUGAGGAGAAGCACGAUAACGAUAAAGACUUUCCGCAUUCGUCGGAGUUCUAUCCUGGACAGAGUCUGUGGGGGCCGGUGCAUUGUCUGGAAGAUGCCGUGUGGAUUCAGUGUACAAAGGAGAUGAAGGCGAAACGCAAGACGAAGCCGCAGAAGAUAGUAAAAGUGGUGGUCGAGAAGGUGGAGACCGACUGGGUUACUGUCAAUUGGCAGUGCAGGGCAUAUUCGAAAGACGGCGCCUGGUCGGAUCAGGUGCAUCCCAAUUUCGUGGUGCGUGGCGAGGACUUGGAGAAAUUGAAGUUGCUCAACGUAUUCGAGCCGUCCACUUUGCAAGUGGGCGACAGGAACUUUUACGUGAUCAAGGGUAACGAGAACGUGAUCACGCGCGAGCAGUGGUGCAAACAGCAGCGAGAAAUUUUCCAAGUUCCCAAGCAGAGUCCAAGGAAGACGCGCGUGAGAAUCAACGUGACGAAACCCUCCGAAGAGAAGAAUAAGGAUAAGGCCAAGCAGAAGGGAACCGAGACCGAGAAGCCCGUUACCGAUCGCAAGGACGUCAAUACUCAGAGUAACGUGAACGGCUCGCAAAUCGUCGGGUCGAACAAUACCCUGAUGCCUCCUCAGCAGAAUCAGAACGCCGACAGCUCCGACGACUGGGAUACCGAAGAUACCGGCUCUCAAAGCGACGAACCCAGCUCGGUGUCCAGCGGUUGUUCCAGCGUGACGUCCAUGGGCAAGAAGAAGAAGGGACCCGCCCUAAUGACGAAAGUUCUCAAGAAGAAGAAGCUCUGCAAGGCUAAGGCAAAGGCUGCCCCGGUCGAGCUGGUCCCGGGAUCGAAGAUAGUCGUGGAGACUUUGUCGACGAGCACCAAGGCAAACGUGGUCUGGCAGGACGGCUCCGUAGAACUAGGUAUUCCCUCGACGCAAUUGUAUCCCAUCCACCACCUGGACGAUAAGGAGUUUUUCCCGGGUGACUUCGUGGUCGAUCAGAAGGAAGAGUCGAGGAUGUACGGAGUGGUGCAGAGCGUAGACCAUCGGGGUCGGACGGCAAAGAUCAAGUGGUUCAGAACUUACACCUCGAGCCAGAGUCCGCAGCCGACUCUGCUGGAGGAGCGCGAGGUGAGCGUUUACGACCUGAAGGAUCACCCGGACUUCCAGUACCGGCCGGGGACCCUGGUAAUAAGGAUAGCCAACUUUGAGGGCGAAGACGCCGACUGCACCGCGGGUCAGGUCUUGGACAACUACCCCGAGGGCCGGGUGAAGGUCUGGUGGGUGGACGGGCACGUGAGCAUGUGCUGGCCUCAAGACCUCUACAAGGUCGGAAACUACGACAGCGACGAGGGCGAGCUGUGGGACGACGUGUCCUCGGACACCUCCUGGGAGACCGAGAGGGAGGACUGCAUAAUCGCCGACACCGAGGACCUCGAGCAGACGGAGAGCAUCAAGCCGAAAUUGGCGGCUCACAUCGAGAAGGCGAGGAUCGGCAUGUCGCGGCUCGAGGAGAUCUUCACGCAGAACCCCUCCCUGCAGACGACCGAGGUAAUGAGGAGGCUUCUCGAGGUCUACAAGGACUGCCGCCGCAUGGACAAACUGAUGGGAACCUCGUUCUUCCACGAGAGCCACUUCCAAGGCCUCCUCGAGAGGGUCAGGGAGCGCGGAAGGGCCAACGUCGCUCAGAGAAUGGCCGCCCAGGUUUCCCGGCUGUUUACUCAGGAGUCGGAGCAGCCCCAGCCCCAGGAGGCCGAUGCCGAGCUGGAAAACGCGGAGAAUGCCAACGCCAUCCAGAACGCCAACAACGCUCUGGAGACGAUAGCCACGAAGAUCAGCGAUACCGUCGAGGCGGCCGACAACGCCAAUCGGAAGAUGGACCCCGGCAGAAGGUCCACCAAGGAAGAGGCGGAGGUGAUCGAUCGACUCUUCAUAAACAUGAACCGGAACCCCGAGGACUCGGGCCUCUUUUCCGCGGAGAACUCGAAGAAGGAAUCGGGCUCGAGCGAGUCCAGCGGCGAGUUCCCUCUGAGCGAGGACGCGAUCAACCUGGCCGACAGGUCGCCCGCCCCGGAGCCUGCGGACGUCGAGAAACCCGAGGAGGACGAGGAGGAGGCGGAAGAGGACGACGAUGAGGAGGAGGAAGGGCAGGGGCGGAACUCGAGUGACUCGAGACUUCGGGAGCGGACGCACGUCGCGGGAUCGACUCACGUUUGCGCCAAGCUCUGCACCCUGAUCAAGGCUCAGCUGGUCCUGGCCCACGCCGAGGCCUCCAAGAGGUUCGGCCUGUCCAAGAUGUCCCUGUCGGACGCCGCGAAGAGCGCCUCGCCGGCCAAGAGGCAGAAGAAAGAGGAACCCCCGGUCGAGCCGCCCUCCGAGCCCUCGGAACCCCCCGUCGAGGUCCCCCCGCCGGUCUACGCCGAGGGGGAGGGCUUCUCGAUAGAGGAGACCGCCCCCGACAGCCACAAAUUCAAGUUGACCAUGUUCCAGCCGACCGACCCGGCCAACUUCUUCAGGACCGUAUCGAAGGAGCUCAAGCUUCUCCGCAACUCCCUGCCCCCGGGCGUCUGGGUGAAGGGAUUCGAGGACCGGAUAGACCUCUACUCGGUGAUGCUGCGAGGGCCCGAGAAGACGCCCUACGAGGACGGGCUCUUCCUCUUCGACUUCCAGCUAUCGGCCGACUACCCGGCCGCGCCUCCGCUCUGCCACUACAUCUGCUACUGCAGCGACCGGCUCAACCCGAAUCUCUACGAGGACGGCAAGGUCUGCGUCAGCCUGCUGGGCACCUGGUCCGGCAGGGGCACCGAGGUCUGGACCAGCUCCUCCACGCUGCUGCAGGUCAUCGUGUCCAUCCAGGGCCUGAUCCUCGUCUCGGAGCCUUACUUCAACGAAGCCGGCUUCGAGAAGCAGAAGGGCUCCCAACAGGGCCGGGAGAACUCUCGGAUGUACAACGAGAUGGUCGUGCUCAAGCUGGUCCAGGCCCAGACCAAGCUGAUCCUGCACCCUCCCCCUAUCUUCAAAGACACCAUCGUCACCCACUUCGAGAGGCACGCCGAGAAGCUCCUCGAGAGGCUGGACCUCUGGAUGGAGAUCUCCGAGCGGCACAACGACCAGCACCCGCUGUCCCCGGUCACACCGACCACUUUCAAGGAGAUCGCCCACUGCGGCCAGUCGACGGGCUCCCCCCAGGUAGAGUUCCCGCUUGACAGAACCCUGGUUGCAGACGAAAAGAUCCUGCCCGAGUUCCCCCUGAUCCCGGCGUCCAGAGGCUUCUGCAUCACUCUUCGCAAGACCCUGGCCACGUUCAAGCAGGUGCUGGUGAAGGAGGGCAUUAUCGAGGGCACGAUCGAGGGCGCGAUCGAGGGCACGACCGAGGGCGCGACCGAAGGCACGACCUCGGAGGUCGCGGAGCAGGCCAGCGGCCAGAGUAAGGACCUUGAGGCUCGGCAGGAGUCGAGCGAAACGAGAAAAGACACCUCGGACCGGAACACCAGCUAGCCUCAAGGUAAACCCAAGCGACUGGCUCGUCAAACUCACGCGGCCAUUCGGUAAUACGUUGAAUUACUAAUUUAUUCUAUGGAGAGUCCGGACGCGUGUCCGCGGUAUCUAUUUAUCGAUUACCAGCGGGGACGAGCCCCGGCCGGUCCCCUCGGCGCCGAGGGCCCGCGUCGUUGGACUCGCGUUGUCGGGAACGGAGCGGUUCCCGGUCGAGUAUCGAGCCUUUCCGGGGGCGGAACGGAGAAGGGGCGCAGUCCCGAAGUCGGACUCUGCCACGGCCCGAGGACGAGGACGGCCGAACGCCUCCUCGACCCCUUCGUCACGGGCGCACCGAUGACAAGGAUAGUCGACAACUGCGAGGGCAUUUCGAGGGAGGGUCGCUCCUCCCCUCUUCUCUCUUUCUCUCUCCCCCUCUCUCUCGAGCGACUUUUAGGGUACGCGUCCGCAGAGAUCUAGCCGUAGUUUAGCAAGAAUUCGUAAUAACGUUGUACGACCUAUCGGCGAAGCAAUUAUCCGUAGGUAGCGCGUAGCGUCUAACGCAGGGUUAAGGACUAGAAAAAGGCUCGUUACGCUUGUCGCUCCGAAUUUUCAGCCCUACCUGAGUAACCUCUCGGUUUCCUCCGGAUUCUCAUUGGGAGGGACGCUUCGCUUUGGCCCUUCGGCGAGGAAGGGUUUGCUCGUGCGAACCGAAUCGAGGGGAUGCCUCGGACCGCCGUGGACGGUUCACGCCGGAUUUCGCCGACCUCGAGUCGAGGAGGCUCGACGACUAAAGUAUUUUUAAAGGGAGAAUAUUUUCUUUCCUCAGCGAUUGCGCGCGAGUUUUGGAUAAAAGCGUUCCCUCGGACGCCUCCGUUGAUCGUUGACGUUGUUUCGAGGACUCCGCCGACGCGGCGCCGGAGACCUCAUCUCGGGAUCUCUCGUCCGGGUCGCUCGAGGUCACCUCGAGGGAUUCGCGGCGGUAGGACGUCCCGGAUAGAGGUCUCCGGCACCUCGAAGAGUCAAUGUUCCUCCGGCGACUCCUCCUUCGUCCACGGUGUCCGUUCCUAUCCAAACGAGGGUCGACGAGAUCCGAGGCGGCCGUCCUCCGUCGAACGAGCGGCCCGCCUCGGAAGGAAAUGCAAGGAUAGGCCCGCUCGAUCGGGAGCGAUCGCGAGCGACGGUGCCGAUCGCUCCUUGGCGAGGAACUCGGGAGACUCGUCUCCUCCGUGGGCCGCGGAAGAGGCCGGGAAGACGAGGUCGACGCCGUCGAGCUCUCGACGUUCGGGAUAUGCCUUGUACACGUGCCGGCUAUUUAUAUCGACACGGUUCGUGGAGAGUUACAAUUCGUAAGUCGCGUAAGCUUUAGUUCCCCUUGGCGAUACGUUAUCCGGGGCGUGCGCGUCACCGAAGACCGGUCGAUCGUCGAUCGUCGACGUCGCCGUCGCGCUAGAGCGUAAGAGCGGAGCGGGCCACGCGACGCACCCACGCAACGUGUAAUCUCGUUUUCUUGGUUUUCUCAAUCAAUAAAAAGAAGUCAUCGCACUCGCGUCGCCUCUU